AUGCCGCCCAGGGAGGUUGAGUUCAUCAUCAUGGCGUUGAUUUUAGCUGCCUUGGCCGGGUACACAGGAAUGACCCUUUUUCAAGCGUUCUCGAAGAGAAUUAGCGGGUCAAUGCAGCUGAUAAAUUUGCUGAUCGUCUUUUCGAGUUGGUUGCUGUCGCUGUUUUUGACGCUGCACGAAGUGCCCUGCCGCAGCGCCUUUUGGAUUGAGCUCGGUGAGCUCGGUGAAUGCCAGGUCCUGGGAGGUGCCUCCUGGACGUUGGGCACCAUGGAACCGCUGCACUUCAUGGCCUUCGGUCAGCUCUUGGCCCUGCAGCAGACGCUGCUGAGUGCCCUACCAGGAGAUGGCUGUAGACCUUCCCAAAGAGGUCUGCGCUGGAACCUGCCGGCGGCGUGGCUGCCGUCCUUGCAGUUACACCUCUUAGCAGCGCUGCUGGGAGUUCUGCAAUGGAGGCAGCACGAGCAGCUGCUUCUGGACACGGCCAUCGCAAAGCUCUUGGACCCGGAGCGCUCUCCACCCGGCCCUGGCGGUCCUGGUGGCGGUAGCGGUCCCUUCCACACGCCCGUGGAGGAGGCAGUCACCUCUGCAGAGAACGAGAGGCAUCGGAUGAGCGACUUCAUGCAGGUCAUCGGAGAAGAUCACAGCGUCUCGGCCUUGACCCAGAACUACCUGCGAGUCUUGGCGCUGUGCAUCCACCAGCUGCAGACAUCAUCGGUGACGGAUGAAACGUUGGAGCAGGACCAGGAGCAGUUGAGGGAUCAGAACAUCGGCGGAUGGGUUGGCAGCUUGGGCCGCUCUCUAGAAGCGGAUCAGGCUCUAAGCUGUUUGGAAAAAUCCCAAAGCCGAGAAGACGGGCAGGACUUUGGCUUUAAGUCUAUCGCGGCCCGUAGCGAUUCCGUCCAGUCGGUGGAAGAGAAGGAGGAGAUCAUCGCGUCCCCGGCGAUUGAUCCCAGCAUUGCCGGCAGAAUCAAGGUGGGCAAGUGGAACUUCGACGCGAUCAGCGCCGUGCAGGAGUAUCCCUACAUCCUCAGGAUAGUGGGCACGGAAUUGCUGCAGAAUUUCUCCUUUGUCUCCAGACGCUCAUUGGCCUCGUUCCUCUGCAGGUUGGAGGCCAAAUAUAACUCAGACGUUCCGUACCAUUCCAACGCCCACGCCGCUGACUGCGCCAACUCACUUGAGGUGAUGUUAAGCAACAGCGGGCAAGACGUUCAUCCCUUGAGGACAGCCUCCUGUUACCUAGCUGCCCUGGGGCAUGACGUGGGUCAUCCAGGGGUCAACAACGCCUUCAUGAUCAAUUCACGUCAUGAACUCGCGAUCACGUACAACGAUCGCAGUGUCUUGGAAAGUUUUCACGCAGCAGAGUUGGAACGUCUCCUUGGCACGGCGUGUGUCUUGAAGUUGCCCAAGGCCUUGGAGCACAAGGAGCGCCAGGUGAGAAUUGCCUACAUUCUGAGCACCGACAUGUCCAAACACAUGCAGGACUUGGCGGACUUCCGCCUGAAGUUGGGUUGCAAAGACUUCGAUCCAGUGGACAAUGUGGCAGAUCACCAGCUGGCGACGAUGUGGCUCUUCCGAGCCUCGGAUAUCGCGCACAGCGCCAAGCCCUGGAACAUCCACCGCAAGUGGUCCAUGCGAGUCGUGCAGGAGUUUCACGCACAGGGCGACCGCGAGCGUGCCACGGACCUUCCCAUCUCUCCCUUGUGUGACCGCGAACAUUUCGAGUUGGCCAAGUCGCAGACAGGCUUCUUGCAGUUCGUGUGUAUUCCCAUGUGGCAGGAGUUGGUUCGAUUGGAAAACAUGGUUCAAGCUGGUGGUGUCCAAGUGAUGCCACGCAAGUCCAUGUCGUUGAAUCCCACAGCGGGAGACCGUCGCUCGCGAAUGGCUGGGCCCGCAGAGCCUUUGAAUCUCAUGCCAGAACUCAGGGAGUCGCAGACCAUGAGCCUGGGAGAAUCGCCAGAUCCCAGUUGUCGCGUUCUCAAUCACUCCGCCAGCUUCAGUGUGGGUGUUGCCCUUCGCCUACUGGUCCAAUGCCAGGUGGGACACGGGAGACUCAGAUCUUGUCAUGUGGUGUCGAUGUGUUUUUCUUCUUGUUGUCUGGCUAACAUACUUAGAUACAUUGUCACGAAUGCAUGCGUCCAUCCAUCCAUACAUACAUAG